AUGCCAGCGGGGGUGCCAGGCGGGGGGAGCAGCAGGGGGCCUGGCUCCGAGCCCCACGUCUCACGGGCCGCACUGCGGGUGCAGGAGAAGCUGACCAAGAGCCUGGCCUACAUCCUGAGCCGGCAGGACACGGUGCAGACGCACAUCGCGGAGCUGGAGGAGACGGUGAAGCACACCGAGGUGCACGGGAGCCAGGCCAAGGAGGAGGUUUCGCAGCUGCUGCGGGGCCUGGGCGCCCUGCUGGAGGAGAAGCAGGCGGCCCUGCUGCAGGCCAUCCAGGAGUCCCAGCCGGAGAGCGGCCGGUCCAGCCUGCAGCGCCAGAUCCAGGAGCACCGGGCCAUGCUGGAGAACUCGGGCCUGGUGGGCUACGCCCAGGAGGUGCUCAAGGAGACCGACCAGCCCUGCUCCUUCCAGGCUGCCAAGCAGCUGCCCAGCCGGAUCCUCCGGGCCACAGACGCGCUGCAGAGCUUCCGGCCCGUCCAGCUGGACCUCAGCAGGGAGAUGAAGCUGCUCACGGACCUGAGCUUCAUCAAAGCCCCCGAGGCGCCGGUCAUCGACACGCAGCGCACCUACGCCUACGACCAGAUCUUCCUGUGCUGGCGCCUGCCCCAGUCCUCCCCGCCCGCCUGGCACUUCACCGUGGAGUACCGCAAGAGCGACGCCAAGGCCAAGGCGCUCCGGUUGUGGCAGGAGUACCUGGACACGGACAGCGUCUACGUGCUGAGGGUGAAGGGCUACAACAAGGCUGGCUUCGGGGAGUACAGCGAAGAGAUCUACCUGCACACGCCGCCCGCACCAGUCCUCAACUUCUUCCUCGACAACCGCUGGGGCUUCAACCGGGAGCGGCUGAUCCUCAGCAAGGACCAGCGGGCCGUGCGCUGCGUGCCUGGCCUGCCCAUGCUCUUCGCCGCCGAGCGCCUCAUGACCAGCUGCCACCUCUCCGUGGACCUGCUCAUCGGCGACGUGGCUGUCACGCAGGGCAGGAGCUACUGGGCCUGCUGCGUGGACCCCAGCUCCUACCUGGUCAAGGUGGGCGUGGGGCUGGAGAGCAAGCUGCAGGAGUGGUUCCAAGUGCCACAGGACGUGGUGAGCCCCAGGUGA